AUGAAAACAAAUAGAGAUAAAUAAUUUGAUGAAAUGAGAUCGAAAAUUAAGUAAUCUCUAUUUACUAAAAAAGAAACAAUUAAUAAAAAUAUAGACAAUUCUCGAAUUAUUAAAAGAUCAACAAGCAAUACUUAAUUAAAUAUUUAGCCCUAGGCUAAACCAGACUAAAAAUAACCACCCUGUAUUUAGAAUCGCUUUCAUGAUUUAUACUAAGUCGGUUCUAUCAUCGGCUAAGGCUCAAAUGGAAUUGUGAAGGUUUGUUACAAAAAGACUUAAUCCAGCUAACUCUUUAAUUUUGGUCACAUUCCAACCAAAUACGCAGUCAAAAUUAUACCGAAUGCUGAUGAUCCUGAAUUAAUAAACACAAUCACACAAACUUUUAUAAUAAACAGAGAGCUAAAUUCGUUGCCAUAGAUUAUUUAAGUUUUCGAUCUAUUUAUAGAUGAAAAUGAAAAAGUAUCUUAUUUGGUCAUGGAAUAUUGCGAAUGGAAGAAUUUGUAAUAUUAUCUUGAUAAAAAUCAACUGACGAUUAAAUAAAUUAGAGAAAUUAUAAGUAAUUUAGCAAUUUCUCUCAAAUCUAUACAUCACAAAGGAAUUUGUCAUAGAGAUAUUAAACCAGAUAACAUUCUAGUGAAACUAAGUGAUCAAACUGAAAUUAAAAUUAUUGAUUUUGGCGUAUCCAAACAGUUCUUUAAUAAAGAUAAAAAUGGAAUCAUCAUUCAUGAAAUGUGGACAAGAACAGGUACCAUUUUGUUUUAAGCCCCUGAAAUAUUUCUAUGUGGAAUUUACAAUGAAAAAAUUGACAUCUGGUCCUGUGGAAUUAUUUUGUAUUAAUUAUUAUGUCACAAAUUUCCCUUCUUGGCCGACACAAUUAUUGAUACAAUUGAAACUAUUACUAAUACUAAUUACAAUCCAUGGAGACAAUAAGAAUUCUUAGAUUUGCAUUAUUUACAGUAAGAUAUAUUAAAACGUAUACUCGCCAAAGAUCCUAAAAACCGUUUGUCAGCAGAAGAAUUAUUGCUACAUCCCUGGAUUUCAAUGAAAACUAGUUAAUAUGAUAAAACUAUGGAUGACACAUAAAUUUCAAAAAAGAAAUCUAAGUGUUGUGAUUUUAAAAUUGCAACUUGUCUCUAAUUAAGUGAUGUUAUGAAUCCUUAUAAAAUUUCAAGUCCAAUGUAUUUAAAUCCAAUCCAAAAUGGUAAUACAAAUAAUGACAAGAAUAAUAUGAAUCAUGUUUAUUUUAACCAUAAUAAUAAUGAUAAUAAGAAUAAAAAUGAUUAUGGAAAUUUUAAGUUAAGUGACUUUGUUGUAAGGAGUAAACAAAUGAUGAGUGGAAAGAGUAGUUUUUUAUUUGCAAUAGAGAGUUCAUAAGAAAAUUCAUCAAAAACGAAUAUUGAAUAAUCUGAACUAUACUUGGGUGAUAAAUAAUCAGAUGAAGUGUUGCAGUACAGAAUGGAAACUAGAUUUUUAGAUUAAGAUUGUUAACACAGAAAACUUUCUAAAUGA